AUGGACGGCCGGAAUCUGCGCUCCGGCGUUCCAGACCACAUAAUUAAGACGCUCGGAAAGUCUUUUACGUACGUCGAGCCGGGGGAUGACCUUGAAGCCGGCGGGACCAGCGCCCUUGGCGGGGAUGGGGGAGGGGGAGCGGGGGAACGCGGGGAGGGCGGAGGCGGAGUGGGGGAAGGCGGAGCGCUGGGGGCGAGCGGGAGAAGCAGCAGCAGAAGGUCGGCUGCGGCGGAAGCGGCGGGCGGAGAGAGUGAUGGGAACGGCGCGGGGGGGAGAGCGGGGCGGGAGGAGGGGGACGAUGAGCGGGAGUGCAUUGUGUGCCUGGGGGAGUACAAGACUGGUGACGUCAUCAGACAACUGCACGCGUGCAAUCACCAGUUCCACCAGGACUGCAUUGACGCGUGGCUCAAGACCAACUCCUCCUGUCCUCUCUGCCGAACCUCCCUCAUUCCAAGCCGCCUGCUGGGGAACAACCAAGGCAAUCUCAGCGACAUUCCAGAACAGCAGGGGUUGCAUGGAAGCGUGUUGACCCAAGUGGGUGAAGCUGCGCCGGGCGCAUCGGCGUCGUACCAAGUGCGUGUUGCAGGGCCGUUGACCCGCCUCGUCCCCCGCUCCGCGCAUCUUCCUGACGAGUGCGCGUUUGCGCUCCCCGUGCCGCUCCACCAAUGCGCGCUCGGCUACAGCGAAGCCGUCCAGGGCGGCUACGGCCGGGCGGAGUACGUUGUCUCGUCCGACGACGACAGCAUGACGCAGGGCACGCUGCGGUGGGGUUUAGUGCGGUACCGAGCGGUUGGAGUAUAUGUGCGGUUUAGCCAGAACAUGGAGAUCAGGUUAAGGGGGCCGCUUCGGCUCGGGUCGCACGUGACAUUGGAUGGGCGAGGCGCGAGAGUGCGAAUCGCCGGCGGCGCGGUGGUGAUUCGAGGGUCCAGGAGUGUCAUCAUCCAUAACUUGCAAUGUGAGUUGCUGCUGCUCCUAUUUUCCUCAGCCAUUUCUUCCCCAUCAACCCCGGUCGUGAACAGGCUCAGCACUCGCAACUAA